AUGCACAAAAUUCGUCCCUACUGCAAUUGGACUCACUUCAUUAUUGGAACCCUCGCCCACGUCCUCUCCAUUCCCAAUAUCAUGUUGGGUCUUGGAAUGCCCUCAGCGGGAGUGCAGUUGCGCAGUCUCAACUACCCCCUCUUCUUUGUCAUCUCUCAGUUCAUUGUGGAACUCACUUUGGAGAUUCAUGGAUGUAUCCACCAUCGACGAGACAAACGUAAGCUGUUGAAUUAUUAA